GAGUUGAGAACUUUUAAGACGGGACACAACAGCGCUGUGAAGUUUUAGAAGUCCUUUAUUGAUGUGAAAUGCAAAUUAAAUAGAAGUUAAAGCCUCGGAUAUGAUUUACAAUUAACAUUUAUUCUACAAGUUGGAGAGUUCCUUUGAAGGUUCACCAUCAGAUCAGCUGCUAUGGAGGAGUCUACAGGCACAUAUGAAGGGGACGUGUGGGCGCAACAGAAGCACCAAGCUCUCCAGCGAAAAAUCAAAUAUUACUUCAUGAACCCGUGUGAAAAGUUCUACGCUCGAGGAAGGAAACCCUGGAAACUUUGCCUACAGCUCGUCAAAAUCGUCAUUAUUACGAUUCAGUUGGUCUCAUUUGGACUCAGUAACCAGAUGGUUGUCACUUUCAAAGAAGAAAACCUGCAAACAUUCAAGCACCUUUUCCUUAAGGAUUAUGAGGAUGGGGGUAUGGACACGUACGCAGUUUACCGACAGGCAGAUACGUACGAGCACAUCGACUAUAUUAUUCAACAGUACAGACUGCUGCAUAACACAACAGUUGGAAACCAUGAGUAUGAGAAGAAUGGCACCCUUUACACCCCACUGGAAUUAUGUCAAGCCUAUUACAGGAACGGCACUAUUUACCCCGGGAACGAGACCUUUGAAAUAGAUGCAGAUGUGCAAAAUGACUGCUAUAACUUUUAUCCCAUGUAUCCAAACUUGCGUGAACAUCUCCCUGGUUUUAAAUUGUAUUUUAAACGGAUGCUCUCGGUCAACAUUAACUUUGUCCUAAAGGCGAUAAAUCUACAAACCGUGAGACACAGGGAACUGCCGGACUGCUACGACUUCACUGUUUGUAUUACGUUUGACAAUGAAGCUCACAGUGGAAGGAUAAAAAUAGACCUGGAUACAGAUGUGGAAAUCAAAGAAUGCAGAGAUUGGAAAGUCACUGGAGCGACCGCUAGAAACAUGACCCUGACCGUGCUGUUUGACUGCCUCAUUAUUAUGACAUGCAUCACUUCCUUCAGUCUGUGUCUCCGCUCGGUUAUCUCUGGGAUUCGACUACAACAGGAGUACCGCCAGUACUGCAGGAGCUACACCCUGAGGGAGGUGCCCUGGUCAGACAAGAUGGAGUUUGUGAACGGGUGGUACAUUCUCAUCAUUGCCAGUGAUACGUUGGUGAUAAUUGGCUCCAUUCUUAAAAUUGAGAUACAGACCAAGGUCCUUACAAGCUAUGACGUCUGCAGCAUCUUCCUCGGAACAGGAACCAUGUUUGUUUGGAUUGGUGUUGUCCGUUACCUGGGAUAUUUCAGGAAGUAUAAUAUUCUCAUCUUGACUCUAAGAGCAGCUUUUCCAAACGUGAUCCGCUUCAUCUGUUGCGCUGGUAUAAUCUACAUCAGUUACUGUUUCUGUGGCUGGAUUGUCCUUGGUCCAUAUCAUGAAAAGUUCCGUACGCUGAACACAGUGUCGGAGUGCCUGUUCUCACUGAUCAAUGGAGACGACAUGUUCCCCACGUUUAAAGACAUGGGGCAUAAGAGCCAGCUGGUGUGGCUCUUCAGCAGAAUCUACCUCUACACCUUUGUGUCGCUCUUCAUCUACAUGGUCCUCAGCCUCUUCAUCACCAUCAUCACAGACACGUACGACACCAUCAAGCAACAACAGAAUGGAGUUCCAACGUCGGACCUUCAAAAGUUUUUGUCUGAGUGCAAUGAUUUACCAAAAUCUGGUGUGUAUCGACUUGAAGAGGAUAAAAACUGCUGUGUGGACUGCUGCGCCGAUCCAAGACGAUGGUUCAGAAAUCCUCAGGAGCGUUUGGUGUCAGACCAGUGAGAGUUUGUUGUUAUGGAAAUAAUUUGCAC